CAUUCACAAUUUCGCACGAGAGCUAUACAUUUUUUAUGUGUUGCUGAGUAUUCCUUUCCUGUCCAGAUCCAAAGGGAUUUGAUGGCUUUAUUGGGAAAUCUUUGUAUCGUUUUAAAUGUAAAUGUGUUUUUUUGUUUAACUUUGGAUCCACUCUUUGAAAAAGCCUGACAUGAUAAAUAAAUAGAAAAUACUGUAGUAUACUGCAUAUUCAUAUUUAUCAUGAAUGAUUUUGUCUCAUCUACCAGGCUGAAACCCGGUGAACACGGCCAGCUCGGAGCAGGGCUGGCUGGUUUAGCGAAGCGCUCUCCCGCUGUGCACUUCGGAUCAUUGAGACGGAGGAGAUGUGGUGCUCGGUGCUGCCCCUGCUGGUCAGUCUGAGUCCUGCGGUUCUGUUCCUGCUGCAGCUGCCGGGCUACACCACCACACAGGAAGGACAUUGGGAGGACUACAAAUAUGGACCCCAAGGCUCGGAGCUGCGCGAUAAAAAGCAUUUCUGCUCCUGGAAAUGCCUCCUGUUCACUCUGCAGUGGCCCGGAGGUUUCUGUCAGUCUUUGAACAAAGAGACUCUCUGCAGGAUUCCUCAGAGCAUCAACAACUGGACCAUCCAUGGUCUGUGGCCUCUUCGGGUGCGGAGUUGCUGCGAAUGCUGGCCGAUGUUCCACUCAGACAUCCAGGAGCUAGAGGCGGAGCUGACUGAAUACUGGCCAUCCUUACUGAAAAUAAAAUCGAGCUUCCACUUCUGGAAAGAGGAGUGGGAGAAACAUGGUGCGUGUGCAGCAUGUGUAGAAGGAAUGAACUCUCCUCUGAGAUACUUCCAGAUCUGCCUCAAACUACGAGGACAGUUUGAUAUCCACAAAUUGCUGGAGGACGCCGGCAUCACUCCAUCCUGUGAACAACCAUACAAGGUGGUGGAGGUGCAUCAGGUCCUGGCUCCACAUCUGGGUGACAGACAUGAGAUCCAGUGUGUUACAGACGACAAGGACAGAGAGGUGUGGUUUCAGGUGAAGAUCCCUCUGUCUCACAACCUAACUGUCGGCUGUGAGCACCGCAGCAACGCUGACGGGGGCCCGGCGUCCGGGUACGGCCCAGGAUGGAGCCCCUCACCUGGGCAUCCCUGCCCUCCUCAGGUCCCUUUCUACUACUUCCCCAUAGACCACCAGCAGCCGCAGCGGCCCUGCGGCUAACAGAAGCACGUUCACCUGGAAAGCCUCCUGAUUUAUCAAAAGUGUAAACAAAUAAUAAACACAUUUAAAGAAUUCAAA